CGAGAAAGCUCACCGAACGCGGAAAUGAUGGCUAAACGCCUACAUUUAUGGUGUCUAUAGUUUUUCGGUCUGCAUAGCGGUUUCCGUUUGAUCAGCAAACGUAGAGGGGGAUUCACAAACGGCAAACGCUGCCGGUGUUCUCAAUUCUAAAUGUUGGCUGCACGUCGCUGGACAGGGAUGACCCAUACGCAGGUCGAAUGGUGAUUGGUUGAUAAAUGGGCCGGAAUAGGGAAGGGGGUGACAUCGGCGUUCCCCGAGCACCGGAGAAGCUGAGAAAGAUCAACACAGAUCUAAAAGUACAGCAUGAAAUGCACAGGCAGUGGCUGUAGUGCACAUUUUUUCAUUGUUUUUGAAGCCCUUUGUUUCGCUUCAGCUUUUUGUUUGCUUGGACAUCACUCGUCUGUGAAGCUAAACCAACACUACACGUUGACUUCCUCCUUUGAGUGUGGCGAUUUCUAAAAGGGAAAAAGGCCAAGAGUUGGUGCUAGGCUUAAUAUUUCCUUAUAAACAGCGAAAACGAGCAGAACAGUUGUACAUAUGUGAUUGCCACAGUUUUCAAGUGUUAUGUUACAAGUGCAAGUGCUCUCUGCAUUACACUCCAUGAAGGCAUGUAGACUGCUUUCGUUCUACAUCCGCUCCAGCAUAAGACAAGUUUUCAUGGACAACAAGAAGAGGCACCUAAAAGGCAUCUUCAUUUGCAUUGCAGCAGCAGUGACUUUCAUCCUUUUCAAUCUGAAUCUCAAGAAAGUGUUACUGGAUAGGAACAUUCCUUAUCAAGCAGCAUCAGCAGAACCACGUUGGGAGGAUCCAGGACCAUAUCAUGUGGCCUACCCACGAAACUACAAAUUCAUCAUGGAUGACACGCCCACAUGCAGGACCACAACUCCUUUCCUUAUUCUGAUGGUUCCUGUUGCACCCGGUAAUGUGGCAACUCGGAAUGCCAUCCGACAGACGUGGGGAAAUGAGAAGCUGGUUCUGGGUCAGCGGGUAGAGACUGUCUUCAUAGUGGGCCUCCCUGGUGGAAGUGAUGCUGAACAUCAGCAAGAGAAGCUACAGCAGGAGAAUCAGCAAUACCAUGACCUGAUUCAGAGCAACUUUCAGGACAGCUACUAUAAUCUGACUAUCAAGACUAUGGUCAUGCUGGAGUGGCUGGCUGCACACUGUACUAAGGCUUCCUUUGUCAUGAAGAUCGACUCCGAUGUGCUACUCAAUGUCCCGAAUCUGGUGAAACUGUUGGUGGAUCCUAGCACAGCUAAACAAAACUAUAUGACUGGGCUGGUUUGGUGGCAUAGUCCCGUUUUAAGGAACCCAUUUAUAAAGUUCUACAUGCCUCGAUCUGUGAUUGCUGAAUCAGAGUACCCCCCGUAUCCGCUCGGCUUUGCCUACGUCAUGUCACUAGACCUUCCUGGGAAGAUCUUGGAAGUGUCACCUCAGAUCAAACCGAUCUACAUUGAAGAUGCUUACCUCGGCAUGUGUCUGAAACGCCUGGGCAUAUCUCCUACUGACCCUCCUGAAGAAACAAUGUUUCUUGUCAAGCCCAGCCAUUCUCUGAGCAGCUGCAGUCUUUCAAAGUUGAUCGCUUCUACUACAACAAGCAUGUUUCAGAUGAAUGGCUACUGGGAGAGGAUCAAACAGGGAGUUCAGUGCUGAAGGUUUUCCCCAAAAGAGUGGGAACCUGAAUCUGGCCGAUGGUGAAAACAAAAAAUAAAAUAUUGCAUAUUUAUUAUGUGGCAAAAUGGAGAGACCUUUGUUACAUCUUGCCAAAUCUGAUCAUUAGGCCAAGUUAACAGAAUAAUUUUACUCUAAAAAAGUUGAACAUUACAACAUUAGUGUUAAGAGUAUAAUUAUAAGUUAGAACUUUGUGUUUGGUGAUAUUGACAUAUUGCUGAAUUUGCAAGAGAUUAAAUUAUACUGUUAUCAACUUUUUAUUGGAAUCAGUCAGGCCUCCUUUGUCCUUAGCUCAUGUGUGAAAUGUUUAAUUUACUUUUAUGUCCUCUUGUAUUUAACUUUUCCAGCUCUUUUGUGUUUCUGCACUUUUUACCCUCCACCCUGUGUUUGUCUUUAUAUUUGUUGUUAUGGUAUGGUAUGAUAUUUGCUGUAGAACUUGCAACUGUUGAGAUGAUAAGAUUCCAUCACUGUGCAGUUGCUUUAACAAUAGCUAAACAUCCAAAAGACCACAAUCCAUAAUUGUUAAUGAUGUGUAUUUUCUAAUGAGGUUUCUAUAAACAAAGUGCUGUAAACAAAUGAGUACAACAAAUCAGUUGGAAAUUGCAAGGUGCCUCCAUUGAACGGUAUUCUCUCUCACCAGGUUAUUAACAUUUGAAAUUCUGGGCUUUUAGAACUUAAUCUGGAGCCUGAUUUGAAUUCUUUUAGAAUUAAAACAGAAACGAUGUAACCAGUCACUGAGCCAUAAACGAUUUACUGUUUUGCUAUGGUAUUUUGUUAUACUGUAGUCUACUAUUUUAGUAUAUUGUAGUAACCCUGUGCUGUUUUGUUAUUUAUUUUUUGUUUUAAUGUGUAUAUUUACUAUAGAUUGUGUAUGUUGUUGACUCCUUUUUUUCUUUUCAUUUGUUUGCUUGCUUUUUUUUUUUUUGCUUUUUUUUUUUCAUUUGUUUGUUUGCAUUAUAAACCAGUUUAAGAUAUAAAAGCUGUGGUGUGUUUCUUAGAGACAAGUACUUUACAUGAACUAUGUCAAACUAAACUGAUCUAAACUAAACUAUGGUGCAUGUAUCAUCCUGAUGUAAUGCAAUAUACGAAAUGUACCAUGACUGUAAAAGGGGGGGGGGGGGGAGGCCAGUACUGUGAAUUCUGCAGUUGGUCAUAGUUCCACAAGAUGGAAGACUUUGACUCAAUAAAAUUUAAGCCACA